UUGUUAAGGCUUGCAGCUGGUAGGACGCAAAAACGGGAACCUCCGUCCGUGUCAGUCGGUCACAUCAUUCCAGACCAGUUGUUCAGCACUGCAUGGCAGCAGGUCGCGUUGUGUAUGUGUGUUGAAGAAUCAGAAUAUUUCAAUCCAAACCCCAAGAAUAAAGUGCGGCUGUAAUAUUGGUCGUUUGGAAAAGUGCAUCACCACAGUGGUUCCUAUCUAGUUAACGAGAGUAUUCCACGACCGUACUACCAGUCCUUUGAAUAUGGGACGUGCAUAAUUUGUAUUUAUAGUGGCAAUAAUGUAACGAUAUACGGGACGGAUCGGUCGUUGUCGGUGUCGCGGUGUGUUAGAAUCAAUUCUCUGCCUUCGAAAGCAAAAAAACGGGGUGGAGGUGAUAUCGAAUGCAAUCGCGAAUGCGUCGUUGUCCGUUUGACAUAUAUCGAUAAAAUAGUUUGCUGGACGACCGACGACGACGGUGACGACGGAAGCUCGAUUGAAUAUACACUUUUUCUGUAUUAUCAUCGUAGUCGCGAAUCGCCAGUGUUGUGCCUAUAGGUCGGCUAUACCCCUGAAUGUAAUAAUUAUAGUGAGGAGUAGGGUGUCCCACAAAGCUGGAUCAGGCAUGUGAGGAGCUGAUGCCUGCAGCAAGUAGAGCAGAGUGACGAAUCGAACGAGCUGGUGUUUGAUUCUACCAAGAGCAAUAAUAUUACUACUAGCUGGGUGGUGUUUGGGUGUAAAGGAAGUGCUUUUUCUCCUUUAAUUCAGUUUCGGUACAUCAAGUGACGAUACAAAACACGAGUAUCAAAGUGUGUCGCAAAGCAUUGAACGACUGAGCGCAGUGUCCCCAUUCAGCACUAUAACUGAUCCUGGUGGAGCAGUGCCGAGCAGAGCCGUUGAAGCAGACAUGAGUGCAAUCAAUAACAGCAGACAUCAGAAGCUGGAACAGCAGCGACAACUCAUGGAGGCCUACAUCAGACAGAAACGAGCCACGCCUGGGAUGGUGCAAGCGAGCGAUAUGCAACUGGUGCGGCCAAUGUCGGCGGUGAAUCGGAACGGCCGGGAGGUGCACGCGUACGACGGCCCGAUGCAGUUCAUGAUGUCCCCAAACAAUCCGGAUCAGAUUCUCACCUCGACGGGGAACGCAUCGAUCACAACGACACCGACUUCGCCGUACAGUGAUGCUCCCCUCGAAAAGCUCACCCCUUCGUCGCAGGACAGCGAAGACGAGGAAAGCACCCCGGUGGACAUUCUUCCGUCGUCGAACAGCUUCGACUCGACCCGACACAGUGCCGACCACCUCAUGACGCACUCGGCGCCCAUUUCACCUGCCCUGAUGAACAACAACGGCGGUAGCCAUCACGACAGCAGUAGCGGCAAAAGUGUGGAACAUUCCUCGCCGCAAGCCAGUGGCCAUAACGACACCGAGGGGGACGUGAUUGGACCGGUGGAGCAGUGGGUGACGCAACCGGCCCCGCAGGGGGUGCUGUACAAAUGUCGGAUAACGCGGGACCGGAAGGGCAUGGACCGGGGGUUGUUUCCGAUCUACUACCUGCACCUGGAACGAGACUACGGCAAGAGGGUGUUCUGUUUAGCGGGUCGAAAACGGAAAAAGAGCAAAACAUCAAACUACAUCAUUAGCUGUGAUCCGACCGAUUUGUCCCGACAGGCGGAUGGGUUCGUUGGGAAGCUCCGGUCGAAUGUGUUCGGAACGACGUUCUUCGUGUACGACAGCGGUAAAAAGGAGGACCACGCGAAUCCGAGGCUCGACCUGGCGGUGGUGAUAUACGAUACCAACAUAUUGGGUUUCAAGGGGCCACGGAAUAUGACGGUGCUGCUGCCGGGCAUGACCGAGGACGACCAGAGGGUGAAAAUUAGCUCCGCCGACAGUCACCACGGGCUGUUGGAUAGUUGGAAGUCGAAGAACAUGGACAAUGUCGUUGAACUGCACAACAAGACGCCCAUCUGGAACGACGAGACGCAAUCGUACGUGCUCAACUUUCACGGCCGGGUCACGCAGGCCUCGGUCAAGAACUUCCAGCUGGUGCACGACUCCGACCCGGACUACAUCGUGAUGCAGUUCGGCCGGACGUCGGACGACAUCUUCACGAUGGAUUUCCGGUACCCGCUGUGUGCGUUCCAGGCGUUCGCGAUAGCGCUGAGCAGCUUCGAUGGGAAGCUGGCGUGCGAGUAGGGGGAGCAGCGUGCUGUGGAUUUUCUGUUUUAGGGUUUUCGAUUGGAACUUCGUAUUGGAUACUGCUCGCAAAUGGAAACCAAUAUACCGGAACGAAACUUCAUCAGGUAACAAAAAGGUUGAAAAGGUGUACAUUUUUUUUGUUAGGAAGCGUACAUUUAGCUAACACAUGCCACAUGGAACUCGGCGAAGGAGUACCUCUGGAAGGUCCCUACAAAUAGAUUAGUAAUAGUUAUAAUUGAUAGCGAAUAGAUGUAACUAAAGAUCGAUUAGAUUGAGAGUGCUAUAGGAUUGUAAGUAGGACGGUCUCGAAUUGGAGAAAAUGAGAACAAAACAAAGAUUUCUACGUGCGACUUAGCGUAUAGUUAGUAGAAUAGUGAAGUGCUUGGAAAACAAAGAAUUGUAGUUCGAGCUAGAAAAAGCUGUAAAAUGAAAAAUACGCAAGAAACUGUAAAGAGCUUCGACAUUAAAAAAUGAAAAUAUUUAUUUCUAUUUUUGAAGUUUGUAUAUUGGAAAUUGGAAAUCGGAAUGCAAUUAGUAUCUGCUGUGAUUGAAUUGAAUUGAAGAUCAGUUUCAUUUAUUUGUUUGAAAUCUUGAAUAUAUACUCAAAUAAGUGCCUUUGGUAGAUAUUUUACAAAAGAAUAUUUCAUGACGUCAACCAAAAUUCCUUUGGUGAAAAUUGCCUUGUAUGUAUAUCUGUAUAUUCUGCAUUAAUGAUUUGGCAUGGUUUUGAAACUAAUCUUCAUUGCUUGGUAUGUUUCACUGCAGAAUUAAACAACACUCAUAACCUUAGUUUAUGGUUCGACAACUGCUUUUAUAGAAGCGAAUUAACUUUCUUAAUGGUUCAAACAGUUUUGACGUAGAAUUAUGUCUUUGUUUUCGCUA